AGGUGUUGGACAUAUAAUUAUGGGAAAUGCAGCUGGAACCGCUGAGGUUUCCCAGGGCCAGGAGAGCAAGGCGGGCCCUCCCGGACCAGGACCCCGGAAACAAGCGGCGGGGGGUAAACUACCGAUGCCACCUGAGGAGGAACUGGAGGAGCGCUUCUGUGCUGCACUGAGCACAAUGAAUCUUCCUCCAGACAAAGUGAAGAUCCUCAGUCAGUAUGACGGCGAGAAGAAGUGGGAAUUGAUCUGUGACCAGGAGCGGUUUCAAGUCAAGAAUCCACCAUCUGCUUAUUUGGAAAAACUGAAAAGUUAUUUGGACCAUGGACGAGCCAGUCGGAAGUUUAAGCGACAUGUGCAAGAAUCCACACAGAUCCUGAGAGAGUUGGAGAUUUCCCUGAGGACCAAUCAUAUCGGCUGGGCCCAGGAGUUUCUAAAUGAUGAAAAUCGAGGUUUGGACGUCCUUGUGGACUAUCUGUCGGUUGCUCAUAAUGCGGUCAGGAAUGACUUGGACACUUUGGACAAUGGCAAGCUGCUCUUGGACGAAGGGAAACAAAAGGACAAGUCAGCAGAAGACCUAAGCAGAAGGGCUAGCAAGGCCCUCGUGGUCAGGAGGGCCCAGAGGAAAUCGCAGGUGACUCACAAAGAUGACCUUCAUCUCUGCAUCAUGUGCUUACGGGCCAUCAUGAACUACCAGUUGGGGUUCAGCCAGGUGAUGAGGCACUCAUGCUGCGUCAAUGAGAUCACACUCGGCCUCAACGACCGAAACCCGAGGACCAAAGCGCUGGUGCUGGACCUGCUAGCAGCCGUGUGUUUGGUGAGAGGAGGCCACGACAUCAUCCUCUCCGCCUUCAACAACUUCAAAGAGGUGUGUGGAGAGGAAAGCAGAUUUGAAAAGCUGAUGGAAUAUUUCUGCAACGAAGACAGCAACAUCGACUUCAUGGUGGCUUGUAUGCAGUUCAUCAACAUCGUGGUUCACUCAGUGGAAAACAUAAACUUCAGAGUCCACCUCCAGCACGAGUUCACUCAGCAAGGACUGGAUGACUACCUGGAAAUGCUGAAGUUCACAGAAAGUGACAGGCUGCUGGUGCAGAUCCAGGCCUAUCUGGAUAAUGUGUUCGACGUGGGAUCUUUGCUGGAGGAUGCUGAGAUCAAGAAUGUUCUGCUGGAGCACAUGGAGGAACUGCAGGAACUCAACGCACAGCUGAAUACCAGGCUUCAAGAGAGUGAGAGGAAAGCGAUGGAAAAAGUGUCAGAGCUGGAGAAGAAACUCAUUCAGUCCACCAAAGAAGUGGAGCUUUUAAAGGAGAGUCUUCAUGAGUGCAGCUCCCAGGUGACUCUGCUGCAACAGCGAGACCAAGAAAGAGAGCUUAAAUGUGAAAAAGAGAGAGAUGCGUACCGAUCCAGUGAGGCCCUGAAGCAGUUUGAGCUCCAAGUUCAGUCUUCGGUGGAGCAGGGCGUCCUCUGCAUGGAGAACUCUUCAUCUGGACACCUGGACCUGGUGGCCCAGCACGCCACACUGAAAGCUGAGGAUGAAGUAGUUGCUGCUUCCCUCUCCUCACAGUCCCCACUAGAGGAGUCCCCAGCACAGCCCUCAGUGGUCCAACAUCCUCCUCCCCCACCUCCUCCCCCGCUGCCAGUCUCAACUGUACCUCCUCCUCCCCCUCCCCCUCCCCUACUGCCUUCUGGAGAAAGUACAAUGCAGAAGAUGGCAGAUUCGACCAAAGGAAGCUCAGGGGGUACAAAGAAGAAACCCAUUAAAAGCAAAUAUCGCCUGCCACUGUUCAACUGGCAGGCCCUGAAAUCUGACCAGGUGGCUGGGACAGUCUUCAGCCAGAUGGACGACGAGCAUGUCUUAGAGGAGCUAAACAUGGCAGCCUUUGAGGAGCAGUUUAAGACCAAAGCACAGUCCACCCCUGUUGAACUGGGCACCCUAAAAAUCAAGACGGCUCACAAAACUUCCAGUAAAGUGUCUGUGAUGGAGCCUAACAGGGCCAAAAACCUGGCUAUCACCUUGCGCAAGGAGGGAAUGGCUGCCUCUGAUAUCUGCGGUGCCAUCGAGAUGUACAACCAGAAAGCUCUGAGCUUGGACUUUCUCGAACUCCUCGAGCGUUUCAUACCCACUGACUAUGAGAUGAGGCUCAUCCACAGCUAUGAGAAUGAGGGGAGGCCUCUGGACGAGCUCAGUGAGGAGGACCGCUUCAUGGUGCGCUUCAGCAAGAUCCCACGGCUCUCUCAACGCAUCAGCACGCUCACCUUCAUGGGCAAUUUCACUGAGAGCGUCCAGCACAUCCAGCCGCAAUUGAACACCAUCAUCGUGGCCUCGAUGUCAAUCAAAUCUUCAAGCAAGCUGAAGAAAAUCCUGGAGGUAAUCCUGGCGUUUGGGAACUACAUGAACAGCAACAAGCGAGAGCCAGCGUACGGCUUCCGUCUGCAGUGUUUAGACUUGCUAUCGGACACCAAAUCCAGCGACCGCAGACAAACGCUGCUGCACUUCAUAGUCAACAUCAUCCAGGAGAAAUAUCCAGUGCUUCAGUCCUUCUACACAGAACUGCACUUCCUGGAUAAGGCAGCGCUUGUUUCAGUGGACAGCAUCCUACAGGAUGUGCGAGCCCUGGAACGAGGCAUGGAGGUGGCGAAGAGGGAAUUCUCUGUAGAACAAGACAACACUGUGCUCCAGAGGUUCAUUAGCAGCAACGCUCAGCUACUUAACUCUCUCAUAGCUGAUGGAAAAACUGUGCAGGGUGCAUACGAGUCAACUUUGGAGUACUUUGGUGAGGACCCUAAGACUACACCACCCUCCGUGUUCUUUCCUAUUUUUAUCAGAUUCAUCAAAGCAUAUAAGCAAGCUGAGCAGGACAAUGAGCACUGGAGGAAACUGGAAUCGGAAGCUUCAUCAACUCCAUUAACUCAACCUGAGGUCACAAGGAAUAAGGUUCCUAUGAUGCUGAAAGCGCCUCAGAUGGACCUGAUCACAGAGCUAAAGAAGAGGCAGAUGUCUCCUCUGGUAAGGGAGGAGAAGGACGGUGCCAUUGAGGACAUCAUCACAGAUUUAAGGAAUCAGGCAUACAGACGGACAGACAGCAGUCGGGGCAGUGCCAGGUGGAAACCUGGACAACAGUUAAACGUAUCGUCAGACAUCUCUCUCUGAGCAACACAAGACCAACAUAUGGAGCACUGACCCUCAUGAGCCCAAAGAUGAGGCAGUUAGCACACCUUGGCAACACUCCUAUGUACUCAUGCACGUUGACAAGUGUAGAUGCAGAAAAGCAUGCAACAAGAUCCCAGCAGCAGCAGAAAGAAGUCAUUACGUCACCAGUGUAACUCACAGCAUCAAUGCUGGCUUCAGAAAUGUUCUGUGGUUUGAUAUAUCCAUAUGUUAAAGUCGGUAGCUUGCCUGAGAUGUUUCAUGCUGAUGACAGCUGAGCGGUAAAAUGAGGGUUCAUGCAUUAAUGCUGCACACAAGUCACUAGUUCAGCUUGGUUAGCCUUAAAAACUAUGCUGAAAAUGUGUAAUAUGAUAACAUUAUUAUUAAUACUUAAAAAUCAGAACGCUCAAUGUUUGCUUUGCGUUUGGUUUAAAAAAAU